AUGGCAGAAGAAAACUUCUCGGCAGCGCUGACAACAUGGAAGGAGAUCAAUCUAUCCGAGCUGCAGAAGUCGCUGGACUCGACUGCUCUUGAGCUGGUGGAAAACCAAAAAGAGAAUCUUGUAGGUAGAAAGAAAUUGGCAGAGCAAACAAGAGAGUUCAAGAAACUCCCAGACGAUUCAGAAAAAUUCAAUGCUAUCAAAGUACUCUUGAAGGCGUAUCAAGGGGAAAUUGAUUCAUUGACACGACGUGCUAAGAUGUCUGAAACCUCUUUUCUGAACGUCUACAAAUUAUUGGCAGACGCUCCAGACCCUUAUCCGUUGUUGGAUGCUGCAGUGGACCAGACUGUGAAAAUUGCAGAAGCAAGAGUGCUGGAAAGUGAAUUGAGUAGAUUGCGAGAAGAAAACUCUGAACUGAAGAAGAAUGUCGAAGAGAUGAAAGAUGUCGAAGAGAGAAGAAAGAAGGCAGAGAGUAAAGUCGAUCAAAUAGAGGAGAAAAUGGAGGAUUUGAUUCAAGAACGAGUCACACAGAAAGAGAAUGAGCUCAAUGCGGAAUAUGAUGAGAGAAUGCACAAUUACGAAGAAAGAGAAAAAGACUUACAAAGACAAGUCGAGACUGCUCGAAACCAAUUACGCGAUAUGCAUUCUUCGAAUGAGAAUACUCAGGCAAAAUUACUUGAUGCGAGUCAACGACAAGAACAAGAUGUAGCCGCUAGAUUAGCGGAACUAGAUAUGGUAGCAGCUGAUUUGACAAGAGCGAACGAACGAGUAGCUACCAUUGAGAGAAGAAAUGAGUUGCUGAGAUCCGAGAUCGAAUCAGUCAGAAGUGGAUCACAACAAGCUGAGAAGGUGAAAGCUCUUGAAUCUCAAAUCGAAGAGUUAGAAGCAGAAGCUUCAAGGCUCCUGAGAGCAUUGGAUCAGAUAAAAGAACAGAAAUCAGAAUCCGAACGGGCGGCUAGAAAGAAAGAGGAUGAACUUUCCAAAGAAGUUGCAUCUCAGGCUACUGAAAUACAGAAUCUCAAGAACAAGGUGAAACAAUAUGGCGACUAUGACGAGAUUAAACGUGAACUAGAGAUCAUGAAAUACGUUGAAUUCUCGGGAGCAGAUUUCGAGGAAGAUGAUGAAUUCUCUUCACCAGCAUUGGAACUACCAGAUCCAAAUGCAACAGUAGCGAACAAAUCGUUAAAUCGAUCUCUGGAAAAUCUACUCGUAUCUAAAAACAGGAGAUUGUUGGAGGAUCUGACCAAGUUGAGAGUGUCAUGGGAAGAAUUGAACACGGAACACUCCAAGACUAAUGAGAUCAUCGAAAAUCUUCAACAGGAUUUGAAUAGACAAAGGGGCUUGGUGGAGAAAUUGGAGAAUGACUUGAUGAGUGUGAACAAAGAAGAUAAAUCGGAAGGAAAAGGUUUACAGGGUUUAGAUAUUGGUGGGAAAGUGGAUGGUCGCGCCUCACCAGCUCUUACCUCCUCUGACAAUUCGAUCUUACCAAUCGUAACCUCCCAACGAGAUAGAUUCCGACAAAGAAACGCAGAACUAGAAGAAGAAUUAAGGAAACAGUUUGAGAUCAUAUCUGACCUCAGAGCUGAGAUCAAAUCACUCCAAGCUGAUAAUUUAAAGCUAUACGAAAAAGUGAGAUAUAUGGGAUCAUAUAGGGAUACCGGUGCAGGUAGUGGAUCAGGAGGAACGAGCGGGUAUACCGUAGGAGGUCCUGGACCCUCGACUUCGAGAAAUGGUUUGAAUGGUGUUCUAAGUGGUGGCGGAUCAGUAAGAAGGGAUGAUGAGAUUGGGAAAUAUAAAGAUAAAUACGAUGAAAGUUUGAAUCCAUUCGAAGCGUUCAAAGGACGCGAAGCUCAAAGAGCUAUUCAAGCUUUGAACCCUUUAGAAAGAGGUGUUUUCAGCUUAACAAGAGCGAUAAUAGGCAACAAACGUGCCAGGAGUUUGUUCAUUCUAUAUGCUGGUUCUUUGCAUAUACUGAUCCUGUUCGUUUUGUGGAAUACAAUGGCCGCAAGCGAUUCGGGCGCUCAUCCUCCUAUUGCUAUACAUCCUUAG